UCGUGGCGCUGAGCUUCCAGGGGAACUUCAAUUACUUCUGGCUGCGAGCUUUAGAACAUCGUUUCCCGGGAAGAUCGGCCGGUAUGAUUAUACGCAAACUGCUUUUGAACCAAACUUUUGCUUCACCUUUGGCGACCAGUGUCUUCUACACAGGUGUGAGUUUCUUGGAGGGCAAAGAGGACAUAUUUGCAGACUGGCGAGAAAAGUUUUUUAAUACAUACAAGACUGGACUAAUGUACUGGCCAUUCAUGCAGAGUGGGGAUGGCACAGCAGCGGUAGCCUUCGCUUGGAUCAUGUCCCCCAAAAAACGGAUUCUACCUCGUAGUACAGAUGAGGAGAAAUAGAGACACAAUGGUGCUUAUGAACAUCAUUGCGCUGUUGCGGAUGAACAGUUCAGUCCCACAAUGGUACUGUAUUCAGGCUGCGUUGUGUUUAUAAAUCUUGUUGCUUAAAAUCUUAUUAAGAGUGAUAUUAAAUUAACU